AUGUUCCCGACGUUGCCGCGUGUCGUUCACGGGCGUGCGCCCGACAGCCGCUACGCCCGUGCUCAUGGAGCAUCGCUGCCGGUGCGACAACAAGGCUACCGUUUACGCCUACCCACCCUCGUCGUGGCUGGGCGGACCCCGCCGGCCGCCCUGCCGCCUCUACGUGCACCCGGACUCGCCCUUCACGGCGAGCAGCUGCGCAAGCAGGUCGUCUCCUUCGAGAAGGUCAAGCUCACCAACAACGAGAUGGACAAAAAUGGACAGAUCGUGCUGAACUCGAUGCAUCGGUACCAACCUCGCAUCCACCUGGUGAAGUGGCGCGAGCACGGAGGCCCGGUCACCGACCUGGAGCAGGAGGAGUACCGCACCUACAUCUUCCCCGAGUCGGUGUUCACCGCCGUCACCGCCUACCAGAACCAGCUGAUCACCAAGCUGAAGAUCGACAGCAACCCGUUCGCCAAGGGCUUCAGGGACUCAUCCCGUCUCACCGAUUUUGACCGUAACACCCUGGUUAUUUUUCUUCUUGAUAUUUGUCAUCCCUUUUUGAUUUUGCUGAUUUCUUCCUUUGCCAUUCUUCCUCAUUUCUUCCUAUUUAUAUUUUAUUUUCAUUUUUCCUUCUUUCUAAUUAUAUUGUAUUUUUCUUUUAAUUUUUCGAUAUUUACUCCUCGAAAUCAAGUUUUAGAUUUUACUCCAGAAUUUAAUUUAGUUUCAAAAACUUUGGCUCGUCAUAAAAGACCUCUUUACGUCUUUAACACACACGGAUGA